CACCUUACUCCGUGACGCAAUUCCACUUGUCGACUUCAUAUGACUACCUUAAUAUAUCCCAUGCUUUGCUCCCGGGCUUCCCUCCAAGCUUGUCCCUAUUACUACGACUUGGGACCCCGACCUUGAUACCUUGUUAUGAUAUCCCUUGUUUGACCUUUCUCAGUCUCACACCAUGUUUGCAAAUUCCUCCGCUGGCGGCGACAACUUGCGCAAGAGCUGUCACUUCUGCCGUCGUCGGAAGAUUAAAUGCUCAGGCCAGAGCAAGGGCAUUUGUACGGCGUGCAAGGAGCGUGGUAUUGACUGCAUCUACGACCUCGAGUCUGCAAAAGGUCGUCCCAGAGGCUCAUCUAGCAACAAGCAUGCCUCCAAAGGCAGCAUCUCAGGCAGGUCGUCUCACAGUGAAGAGAGAGGCUCGGCGCCUCCCCGUUCGUCAGAGGACUCCUCCGAGGGUCACCGCCUACCACCCGAGUUCUACAGGCGAGAGACGGGCAACUUUGUCACUAGUGGUACUAUCGGUGAGGCUCUUGAGUUCCUAUAUCUCGGCGCCUUCACAGACGUCCCUGGCAUCGAACGAAAUGCCUUCCAAGCCUCGCUCAACAACUUUGUCCGGAAGCUAGAGCCCAGUCCGGAAGGCUUUAUUCACAGUCUCGGUUUCCGGACAGAUCAUCCACCUGCUGCCAUUUCCUACGACGACCUCUUCGCUUUCAUGAGCCAGGAGCUAGUCGGCCUGCUCUCAUCGAGAUUCGGGCACCUUGGCACAUGUCUAAACGAAGACCCCAGAGCAGGCUUCUACGUUAACGGCGUUGCUCGAGACCGCUCCCAGCGCAUGUUUGGCAACAAUAUUACCUUCGAUACCAACCCUAUCACCGAAAUCGACGACCAGGUCCGGAUGCAGCUGAUUGAAGUCUGGUUCAGCGUGCACCCACUCUCCAUGCUUCUCUCCAAAACACUCUUCCUGCAGACGUGCAAGAACAACGAAUACGACGAGGCUCUGCUUGCUGUCAUUCUGGCUGACGCUCAGCACUUCCACAACGCGGGCCAGUAUACAGAUCUGGAGGGGAGACUGUUCAAGCACGCUGAUAAUUGUGUACGCUCGCGCUCCGUGGAUACCUGUGAUAUUCCCACCUCUCAGGCCCUCAUGCUUCUUGGCUGGCAUGAGAUGUGUACACGGAAUACAAAACGAGCUUCGUGUCUCAUUGGCUAUUCUGGUCAAAUAUCAUCCAAGAUUCAGGCUCAGAUGAGUGAUGGUACUCGUGUUGCAGGUAGCCGCGUUAACGGUAUUGAUGUCGAUGCCGUGGAGACAGAGCUAGUUCGUAACCUUCACUGGCUAUCCUUUUCCACCACACUAUGGGCAUACAUGGAAAUGGGAGAGCCAUUUGCGACUGUACUACAACGCGGCCUCCCCCCAGACUUCCCGUCCGUAGACGAAACCCAAUCAGCCGUCAUCAAACUCGACAUCGCCAGCGACAUCGUGUCCACUUUUCAGGCACAAGCCCGCAUGAUUCGAGGCUUGUGGCCACUGGCACAGAUUGUUUCCACCAGCGCCCACAUAUAUGCCCUGUAUCCACACGAGAGUGAAGCUCCCAGUCAGGGCAACACAUCGUGGCAGCACCGUCCUGUCAACCAACUGCGCCGGCUCCUCAACUUCAACGAAGACUUUAAUGCUCUGUGUCAGAAGAUCAAGAAGGUUCUGAUGGACGCUAUCCAGACCCUGAAUACCGAGAUCCGGAAUUGGACCUCCAAGGCUUUUGUCACUAUCGCAUAUUAUGUACUCAUCAUCCACCUCAAUUUUCCCAACCACAUCGAUGCUGCUGACACAUCCGUUCCUACCACCUACUUGAUCCGCGACUUUCUCGCCUCUAGCACAGAUCUACUCCGCAUCCUCGCCCAAGUCACAGGGUCUCAGAAGCCAUCUUGCCGACUCACUAGCUCCCAUACCGCCACAUCCACUCUCAACAUUGUCGAUAUCAUCCCCCUCGGCCUAGACGUCUGCGGGCGUGGCCUCAUCCAUCUACACGACCGCGCGCUCGCCGGCCCCAAAUCCGACCACGAAGCUGUCUCCAGCGCAGCAACCCAACUGCAAGGCCUCGCAACCGAACUCCACUCCGUCGCCAAGGACGACCUUAUCCUGACCACAACCCGCGUGCGGCCCGCCAAACGCACCCUCAAAACCGCAAAGAAUCAAUUCGCAGCCUUUACUUCACUCAGUGACAUGCGUAAGCCAAACACACACCCCCUCACUGGCGUCGAAAUGGUCGACUCCGUCAAUACCUCUCCUACACCGGACUUCAUCGCCGAAAACCCCGCAAAUCCCCACACAACCGCAACUACAAACCCUAGCAUCCCAAACAUAACUUACAGCUCCAUCGACCCAUCUUUCGCACACUCUUCUCCAGGCUCCGGCUCCCUCACCCACGCUGUCCCUGUGCCCACAACUGAUCUCGACCCCAUGUCCAUGGACAUGGACAUGAGCAUGGGCACCUGGGCUAGCCCAGAAUCACUCUUCAUCACGUCCUUCCCACCCAACCCAUACGCCAACGGCGAGGGCUGGAACCAUAACCACCACCACCACGCUGCCACACACCUAGACGCCCCAAUGCCAUUUUCAUCAGACCACGCAAAUGGACGCAAGCCUAGCCAUACAAGUGGAGGCGGGCCUUUGCCGCCACCGCUCAGCCCGACGAGUUUCAACGAGAUGUUUUUCAGCGGCGUCGGUGCUGUCGAGCAUACGCCUGUAAUGCCGAUGAACACGAGGUUCUGGUGAGAUUGCGCCGGACUGGGAAGGUGGUAGACUCGGCGACAUCGGCAAGAUAGAUGGGAUUAUUGGCGAUGUUGGUGAACCUCGAGCAAUGACACGAAAAAUCCCCAAGAAACCAAGAGACAAGGUACUAGUGCAUAGACGGCAGGCAGACUGGGACAUUUCUACUUUAUGAGGGACUUUGAUGGAGGGCAUCUUACAACGACACGCAAAAACGCCCCUCAUCAACCCACGCACCUUCUACCACAACACAAUGACUAUGUAUUAAUAUGGCCACAUCAAUACCCUCUUCCCCUAGUCUAGUCUAGAUGGCGCUUUGGAGUUUGGAAAGUGGAGACUUUUGUCAUUGUAGCGAGGGAGGCGCGUAGCACGCAAUGUUUAUUCCAAAUCGUCUUAGUGGGACUGUCUGUAUUACAGGAUAUUAGAUUAAAGUAUAUAGCAUAGCAUAGCAUGAAGGUAUCAACCUAGAUCGAAGCAUCUGAUUAUA